AUGCGUGUUCUUAUUUUGCUAGCGCUCUUCGCCACCGUCGUCGUCGCCUUCAACAUCUUCAAGGAGACCAAUGAUGAGCAGCUUUUGAGCCGUGUUAUUCGAUCCGAUAAGGAUGAGGUUGAGGUGUCGAAGGAGUCUGAUAAGAAGGAAGAGGAGAAGAAGGAUGAUGAGAAGAAGGAAGAGAAGAAGAAGGAAGAGAAGGAUGAUGAUGAUGAUGACGACGAUGAUGCGGAUAGCAGCGAAUCCGAUGAGAAGAAGAAAUCCAAAAAGGAAGAUAAAGAGAAGAGUGAUAGCAGCGAUAGCGAGGAAAGUCGCGAGAAGAGCAAGCGCUCUACCACCAAACCUUCUGACAAGUCCUCAUCUUCUGAGGAAGAAAAAGACGAGGUAGAAGCUUCCGGAGAAAAGAUCACCGUAGCCACCACCACCAUUGAGAAGAAGGACAAAGAGGAAGAGGAAGGCUCCGGUGAAGGAUCAGGUGCCAGCAAUUAA